CAGGCACGUCAAGAAAAGCGAAUCAUCCUGCAUCUCACCGUCUUCAAAAUCUCUUGAAUUUUACCUUCAACGUUUUUGAAAUGUUGCAUUCGCGUUGCUUUACUUUUGCUAGUUGCUCACACCAUAGUACCGUAUUAAAUGCACAGCAAAACAAAAAAUCACCCAUCUAUUCCUGCAUCGCCAAUAGAACAUGCAAUUGACUCCGCUUGGAUGCAUACUAUCGAGAAGGUGUUCGGCGGCAUCGACGAAAGCAGCAGCAAGUUGCGGUAAAUCAUUCGCCGGCCUCGGUGUUUGUGUUCGGUUAGAACGUAAAAAUCUGUGGCGGCAUUUCUCGGUUGACACCGACGCUGUGGGUGGGGGGAGGCCUUCCGGAGAGCGGCUGCGGAUUGCUGUUGUUGGUGGAGGGGCAGCCGGGCUUUCCACGGCCCUCCACCUGGCUCCCCUGGUGACCGCUGGAUUGAUCGGUGGCCCGAUCGAUGUUUUCGAAGCCGGAGAACGCCAAUCGUCUUCGAUCGGAGUGGGGAUAUGGAGCACGGCACUGUACGCUUUUCGAGACUCUAAGGACGUCGAAUCGCACCAGAUUGUCUUCGACGACAUGUUUCGGAAGGGUACCCUGUCCGAAAAAGUCGGCUUUCGGUCUCCCAGCGGCGAUUGGCUCGCCGAAUCGAACCUGGCGGGAGACAAGACGCCGGACUUUCUCUUUUUGCGGGAAUCGGACAUGCUCGGUGCGCUCCGAAAGGGAAUCGACCACGAGGUCCAGCGGGGCAGGGUUGUCGUGCACUCGGGACCAUCGGGCAGGAUUGAUUCCAUCGCGGAGGAUUCUCCCGAGCCGUGGUCUGCGCCCUUGCUGGUUCGGAGCGACGGGCCGGAGAACAAUCCACCGGAACCGACCGAGCGCGACUACCACCUGAUCGUCGCCGCCGACGGGAUGAAUUCCGUCCUCCGAAAGACGUACGGUGGCCAUGUUGCGAAACGAAGGCGGCGGUUCCUGGGAACCGGCGCGAUGGGGAACGAAUCGGACGGGCUCCUGGACCUGCCCGGCGAUGGAACCACCGAAGACCGGUGGGACGUGAGGACCCAUUCCGAAGCGACGAACAUCCAGGAUCGGCACUACCACGUGUUCCGCGGGAAUUCGACGGUGACGCGAGACGAAGUCGAGGGACUGGAGAACGCCUUUCAGACCUGGGGAGAGUCCUGCAACAUGAGGUUCGCAACGGUUCCGAUGGAAUUUCCCCUGCCCGGCGGAAAGACGAGGGAAAUGCACACCUGGUUCAUCACGAUCGACGACGAGUCCAUCUCGUCCGAAGCGGAUCCCGAGCGGCGCAAAGAAAAGCUUCUGGGGGCCUUUGCGGACUGGCACGACCCCAUCCGCCAGCUGGUCGGGGCGACCCCCGCGGCCGAGAUCUCGAUGGAGCGGGCCGUAGCCCACGUGCACUCGUGCGAGCCGGUAGUGAACUUCCGCCGGGUGGUGGAGCAGAUGCGCGGGGUGCCGUUUCCCUCCGGCAGCCGGGGCCCGGUCGUCCAGUUCGUGGGGGACGCCUUUAUGACUGUGGACCCGAUCCUGGCGCAGGGGUUUACCAUCGGGAUGGAGGGGGCGGCCGCCCUUGCGGAGUCUCUGGAGCGCUGCCUGCGACAGGACCUUGGAGGAGCGACCGGCCCGCCCCUGGGCCAGGGGAGUGGAGGACGGCUCGCCUUUAGCCCCCGCUUGGUGCGAAAGGAGCUCCUGGACCGGCACGACCGGCGGAUGGACCGGUUGAUCUGCCUGCUCCGGAGCUCCGAGCUGGUCCAGGCGCUGGGCCAGCCGACCAAGGGAAGCCUCUCGGGCUGGAUCAGCCGGUGGCUCGUCCGGCCCGCGAUGCGCCUGGCGCCGGGCUUUGCCAAGACCCCGUUCUUCAACCGCGUCAUGGAAUACUCGCUGGGGCUGCACACGGGGGGGCAGAACAAGUAAGCCACCCGGGGCCGAACCGCACGAGAACAGACCACGGCCGGGCCAAGGAACCCGCGAUCGACGCACUGUAGAAUAUCUAUACAAUACAAUACAAAACCACAAAGAAAAAGACAAAGACAAACGCMCGCGAGAAUCUAACUGUCGCUGCCCGAGCGAAACUCUAAACCCAUGGAAUGCAUACCAUGGAAUGCAUACCACAACAACAACAACAACAACAACAAGGACCCGCUAUCUUCUCGAUUGUUAUAAACUAGCUAAACAUUA